AUGGAUCACCAACAAAACGACCGCUACACCAGUAGCUACAACAACCAAAACGCCCAACCGUACUCGGGCAACGUUUCCUCCAACAUCACACCUCCCCGCUCAGGAACCCCAAACACAGACGGUGGUCGCAAUCCAUUUGGCGAAACCCCUGAGCCUGCCGCUAACCACCGACUUGCCACGAACACUGGCACAAAUCCUUUUGUCAGUCCUGCCGUCUCGCGGCCUGCCUCUAGCUUUGGCUCCUCCAGCGCUCUCGGGCCACGGUUCGAAGAGCGCGCCCAGCGCUACUUCCACUCGCGCCGUGUCGCCAAAGGCGAGGUCGAGAAGCCCUGGCUGCAGAAGAAAGACAAAAAGGAGAAAUGGGUCACCAUCAUCCCCAUCAUUGGUAUCCUCAUUGGUCUCGGCAUCUCUGGUUUUCUAGUCUGGGAUGGCCUCCGCAGUGUCGUCCACCACAAGUAUUGCCCGCUUAUUGAUGACAGCUUUGACAAUGGCCUCGACACCGGCGUUUGGACCAAGGAGGUCCAGCUUGGUGGAUUUGGUAAUGGAGAGUUUGAGAUGACUACCCCCGGCGACGAAAAUGUCUACGUUGACGGCGGCAACCUCUUCAUCAAGGCCACCCUCCAGGACGCCGACAAGAUGGAAAAGACCACCACCAUUGACCUCAAAAAGGAUGGUACUUGCACUUCGGAUGACUUUUACGACUGCGUUGCCGUCACCAACACCACUGCUGGAAACUCUAGCGUUGUGCCGCCCGUCAAGUCUGGUCGCAUCCACACCAAAAAGGGCGCCACCCUGAAAUACGGCCGCGUAGAAGUCACCGCCAAGCUCCCACAGGGCGACUGGCUGUGGCCCGCCAUCUGGAUGAUGCCCGUCAAGGAUACCUACGGACCCUGGCCGGCCUCGGGUGAAAUUGACAUUAUGGAGUCGCGCGGCAACAACUGGACCUAUGCCCAAGGCGGUAAUAACAUUGUCUCGUCGGCGCUGCACUGGGGCCCCGAUCCUGCCAAUGACGCCUGGUGGAAGACGAACAAUAAGCACAAGAUUCUGCGCGGCGACUUUGGUGACAGCUUCAAUACGUUUGGCCUCGAGUGGUCGCAAAAGUACCUCUUCACCUACGUCAACACGCGCCUGAUGCAGGUACUUUACACCAACUUUAACAAGCCCAUGUGGCAGCGCGGCGCUUUCCCGCAGACAACCAGCAACGGUACCCGCCUAGCCGACGUCUGGAGUCAGACUGGCCGCAAGAAUACGCCCUUUGACCAGGAAUUCUAUCUCAUCAUUAACCUGGCCGUGGGCGGCACCAACGGCUGGUUCGAGGACAACAAAUCGCUCAAGCCCUGGGUCAACGGGUCUCCCAACGCCAAGAAGGACUUUUGGGCUGCCCGCGAGGACUGGCACCCUACGUGGAAGCAGCCCCAGAUGGAGAUUCAGCGCGUGGUGAUUCAAAAACAAUGCGACGGCGACGAAGAGCUGUAA